AUGGGGCAGGGCUACAAUCAAAAACCCACGGGACCACCUGCUGCCGGCAAGGUCGGGUCGGGUUUUGGGAAUGGAUCAAUACCGUUGCGGUUGGCACAGGCGAUCGCUGUUUGCUUGGCGCAGGCGCAUGACUUGACCGCCAUAGUUACCAAACAGGAUUCUUCAGCAUCUCCUAGCUCUGAUAAACCGCCAAACCUCAAAGCUUCCAGUUCUACAAUAGAAUCGCAUCGCGCCUAG